AAAUAAUACACUGGUGAACCCUGUGAAAUAGAAAGCUACAUUUCUGUUGUACAACUUCAUACAAAAUUAAUAGAAACAUUCCAUAAACCUUAAAGAACAGAAAAUUGAACUUGUAAUAAUAACUCCAGUGUGAGUUAUUAUUUUUCCUGGUCUAUCUUUGAAUAAGAAUGGAUAGUCACAGCAUCAGCUCUGGAAAAAGAAUGCAUUUGGUUCUUUUUUUAUGCCAAAUUAUUACUGCAUUGGAUGUACCUCUUGAUUUGUCACAGCCUCCAACAAUAACACAGCAGUCUCCAAAAGAUUAUAUUAUUGACCCAAGGGAGAAUAUUGUAAUACAGUGUGAAGCAAAAGGAAAACCAUCUCCUACCUUUUCAUGGACACGUAAUGGAACUCACUUUGAUAUAGAUAAAGAUGCACGGGUAAGAAUGAAGCUUCACUCAGGAACUCUCUUAAUAAAUAUUAUUAAUGAAGAAAGUGGAGGAAAAGCAGAAUUAUAUGAAGGUGUUUACCAGUGCACGGCAAGGAAUGAACUUGGAGCAGCAAUUUCCAAUAAUAUUGUUAUAAGAGCAUCCCGAUCUCCUUUAUGGACUAAAGAAAAACUAGUUCCAGUAAGAGUUACUGAAGGUCAAUAUGCAAUUCUUCCCUGCAGGCCACCAGCAGGAUUGCCACCACCUAUAAUAUUUUGGAUGGAUAACUCUUUUCAAAAGCUGCCUCAAAAUAAUAGAGUUUCACAAAGUCUAAAUGGAGAUCUUUAUUUUUCUAAUGUAAUACAAGAAGAUAGCCGUGAAGAUUAUAUAUGUUAUGCAAGAUUUAACCACACUCAAACUAUUCAGCAGAAGCAACCUAUUUCAUUAAAAGUUGAACCAGUGGAUUCAUUGAAUGAAACUUUAACUGCUAAUAUGAGUGACUCUCAUUUUUAUGGUGUCAGAUUUUAUUCAGAAAGACACCCAACUCUUCUAACACCUGCUGGAAAUGCAAGUAGCAAAAUAGAACUAAGAGGAAACACUCUUAUGCUGGAAUGUAUUGCAGAAGGAUUACCUACACCAUUAAUCCGUUGGAGUAAAGAAGGUGGUGACCUUCCUGUCAACAGGACUUCCUUUGAAAAUUUUCAGAAAACCCUCAAAAUUAUAGAUGUUUCUCAAGCUGAUUCUGGAAAAUACAAAUGUAUGGUAACAAAUCGUUUGGGUUCUGCUUACCAUAUUAUUACCGUCAAUGUCAGAGCUGCCCCUUACUGGAUAAGAGAACCUACAAAUCUUGUAUUAUCUCCUGGAGAAGAUGGUUCCUUGACUUGUAGAGCUAAUGGAAAUCCUAAACCCAGCAUAAACUGGUUAGCAAAUGGAGUUCCCAUUGAAAUUGCUCCUGAAGAUCCCAGCAGAAAAGUUGAUGGUGAUACAAUUAUUUUCACUAAUGUGCAAGAAAGAUCAAGUGCUGUCUAUCAAUGUAAUGCCUCUAAUGAAUAUGGAUAUCUAUUAGCAAAUGCAUUUGUGAAUAUUUUAGCUGAACCACCAAGAAUCCUUACUCCACACAAUAAACUUUAUCAAGUCAUUGAAAAUAAGCCUGCUUUGCUAGAUUGUGCUUUUUUUGGUUCACCUGUGCCUGAAAGUGAAUGGUUUCAAGGAGUGAAAGGUAGCAUUCUCCAGGGAAACCAAUAUGUUUUCCAUACUAAUGGAACCUUGGAAAUUCUGAAAGCCCAGAAGGAUAGCAGCGGCAUGUACACCUGCAUAGCAAGAAAUAAACUAGGAAAAGCACAGAAUAAUGUUCAGUUAGAAAUUAAGGAGCCCACAGUCAUUAUUAAGCAGCCUGAGUACAAAGUUGUACAGAGGAUGGAACAGGUUUUCUUUGAAUGUGUAAUUAAAUAUGAUGCAGCAUUAAUACCUACAGUUACAUGGUUGAAAGAAAAUGAUGAAUUGCCUGAUGAUGGACGGUUUAUUGUGGGUAAAUACAACUUGACCAUUAUGAAUGUCACUGAUAAAGAUGGUGGAGAAUAUACUUGCAUAGCUAAUACUACAUUGGAUAGUGUUUCUGCAAGCGCUGUACUCACUGUUGUGGCUCCUCCAACAGCUCCACCUGUUGUUUACGAUCGUCCUGAUCCACCUUAUGAUUUGGAAUUAACAGAUCAUUUAGAAAGAAGUGUUCAACUCACCUGGAUACCAGGCAAUGAAAAUAAUAGCCCCAUUACAAGGUUUAUUAUUGAAUAUGAAGAUGCUUUGCGUGAACCAGGAAUAUGGAAUUACCAGACAGAAGUCCCUAGCAUGCUCACAACUGUAAAGUUAAAGUUAUCACCAUAUGUGAAUUAUUCAUUUCGUGUAAUAGCUGUCAAUGAAAUUGGAAGGAGCCAACCAAGUGAAGCUUCUGAACAAUACUUUACAAAACCUGCAAAGCCAGAUGACAAUCCUAUUAGCAUUCAAGGGAUUGGAACAGAACCUAAUAAUUUGGUGAUCACUUGGAAGCCUUUAACAGAUUUUCAGUCCAAUGGUCCAGGGCUUCAGUAUAAAGUCAGUUGGCGGCAGAAUGAUGAUGAAGAUGAAUGGACAUCUGUUACAGUUGCAAAUGUAUCUAAAUAUAUUGUAGCUGACACUCCAACUUUUGUUCCGUAUGAAAUAAAAGUGCAGGCAUUAAAUGACUUAGGACCUGCACCUGAGCCUAUAACAAUAAUUGGACAUUCUGGGGAAGACUUACCAAUGAGUGCUCCAGGCAAUUUACAAGUACAAGUUGUGAACAGUACAUUAGUGAAGGUACAGUGGGAUCCAGUUCCAUUAAAGUUUGCCCGUGGUCAUCUUCAGGGAUACAAAAUUUACUAUUGGAAAGUCAAACAUUUAUCUGGAAGAAUUAAGCGGCAUGUAGAAAAAAGAAUGUUGACUUUCAGUGGAAAUAGAACACAUGGAAUGGUGCCAGGAUUGGAGCCUUAUAGUUCUUAUAAACUGAAUGUAAGAGUGUUUAAUGGGAAAGGAGAAGGACCACCAAGCCCAGAUGAAACAUUUAAAACUCCAGAAGGAGUUCCCAGUGCACCCUCUUUUUUAAAGAUUACUAAUCAAAAUCUGGACUCUCUUACUUUGGAAUGGGGCCCACCUUCUCAUCCAAAUGGUGUUCUGGUGGGAUACACAUUAAGGUUUCAACCAAUUAAUAGUACUCAUGAAUUAGGCCACUUGGAAGAGAUCAAUAUUCCAGCCAAUGAGACCAGCUUGAUUUUAAGCAACCUUAAUUACAGCACUCGAUACAAGUUCUAUUUUUAUGCACAAACAUCAGUUGGAUCUGGAAGUCAAAUAACAGAAGAAGCAGUAAUAAUUAUGAAUGAAGGAUAUUCAGAAAACCCUUUUGAAACCUCAUCUGUCAUGCAUACUGUACCUUCAACAUUUUAUAAGGUGCAGCCAGUGUACCCAAGGAUCAAAAAUGUUACGGCAGCAGCUGCUGAAACUUAUGCCAAUAUCAGUUGGGAAUAUGAGGGUCCAGUUCAUGAGAACAUUUAUGUUGAAUAUGGUGUGGCAGGCAGCAAAGAAGAAUUGAGAAAAGAAAAUGUUAAUGGUUCUCGGAGCUUCUUUCUCUUAAAAGGAUUAACACCAGGAACGUCAUAUAAAGUCCGGGUUGGUGCUGAGGGUCUUUCUGGUUUUAGGAACUCAGAGGCUGUGUUUGAGACAGGUCCAGCAAAGGCAAGUCGGCAGGUUGACAUUGCUACUCAAGGAUGGUUCAUUGGUCUUAUGUGUGCAGUUGCUCUUCUCAUCUUGAUUUUGCUCAUUGUUUGUUUCAUAAGGAGAAAUAAAGGUGGAAAAUAUCCUGUGAAAGAAAAGGAAGAUGCACAUGGUGAUCCAGAAAUACAACCUAUGAAAGAAGAUGAUGGAACUCUUGGUGAAUACAGUGAUGCUGAUGACCACAAGCCUCUGAAAAAAGGAAGCAGGUCACCCUCAGACAGGACUGUGAAAAAGGAAGACAGUGAUGAUAGUUUAGUUGACUAUGGAGAAGGAGUCAAUGGCCAAUUCAAUGAGGAUGGCUCCUUUAUUGGACAAUAUAGUGGUAAAAAAGAGAAAGAACCUGCAGAAGGAAAUGAAAGUUCUGAAGCUCCUUCCCCAGUUAAUGCAAUGAAUUCAUUUGUCUAAUUAAAGAAGCUCUGUCCCAUAUCAACAUCUGCAUUACACUUAUACAAAUUCCCCAAAUUAGACCUGAAAAGAAAGACAUGUU